AUGCCUCAGCACCCAUCUAUGGGUCUGUGCCUACAUGAUGAUUACAAGUACCAGACUCUGGAGAAGUGCUCUCAGGACGUGGGCAACAGUACUAAGGCUGUGAGCUCUGCCAUCGCCCAGCUGCUGAGUGAGGCCACCCAGGGCAACGAGAACUACACAGGUAUGGCAGCCAGAGACGUGGCUCAGGCAUUGCGCGCUCUGGCCUCGGCCGCCCGUGGGGUUGCCGCGACGACCGCCGACCCUCAGGCCCGCAACGCCAUGCUGGACUGCGCUGGUGACGUUAUGGACAAGUCGGCCAAUCUGAUCGAAGAGACCAAGAGAGCCAUCGCCAAGCCGGGAGAUCCUGACAGCCAGCAGAGACUGGCACAGGUGGCCAAGGCUGUAUCCCAGGCCCUGAACAGGAGUGUGAACUGCCUGCCUGGACAGAGAGAUGUGGACAACGCUAUAAGAACAGUCGGAGAGGCCAGUAAGAAACUACUGGCCAAUUCUUUCCCGCCAAGUGGGAAGAGUUUCCAGGAGACGCAGGUCAACCUGAACCAGGCUGCAGCCGGUCUCAACCAGUCAGCCAAUGAGCUGGUCCAGUCGUCCAGGGGCACCACCCAGGACCUGGCCAAGGCCACUGGCAAGUUCGGCCGUGACUUCGGAGAGUUCCUGGAGGCCGGCGUGGACAUGGCCGGCCAGUCACAGAACAAGGAGAACCAGACGCAGGUGGUGUCCAACCUCAAGACCAUCUCCAUGUCGUCCAGUAAGCUGCUGCUCGCCGCCAAGGUCCUGUCCACUGACCCCAACUCCCCCAACCUCAAGAACCAACUGGCAGCCGCCGCUCGUGCCGUCACUGACAGUAUCAACCAGCUCAUCACCAUGUGUACCCAGCAGGCCCCGGGCCAGAAGGAGUGUGACAAUGCUCUCCGGGAGCUCGAGACUGUUCGAGGUAUGCUUGAGAACCCCACCGAGGCGGUCAGUGACCUCUCCUACUUUGACUGCAUCGACAGUGUCAUGGAGAACUCCAAGGUCCUGGGGGAAGCCAUGGCUGGAAUCUCCCACAACGCUAAGAACAGCAAUCUGCCUGAGUUUGGGGACUCUGUCAGCUCUGGCUCUAAAGCCCUGUGUGGCCUUACUGAAGCAGCUGCCCAGGGUGCCUACCUGGUUGGAGUGUCAGACCCUAAAAGCCACGCGGGCCAGAAGGGGUUGGUGGACCCUGGCCAGUUUGCCCGUGCCAACCAGUCCAUCCAGAUGGCAUGCCAGAACCUGGUGGACCCGGCCUGCACCCAGUCCCAGGUCCUCUCUGCCGCCACCAUCGUCGCCAAGCACACGUCAGCGCUGUGCAACGCCUGUCGCCUGGCCUCCUCCAAAACAGCCAACCCUGUUGCCAAGCGACAGUUUGUCCAGUCUGCUAAGGAGGUGGCCAACAGCACAGCCAAUCUGGUCAAGUCCAUCAAAGCUCUGGAUGGAGCGUUUAACCAGCAGAACAGAGAGAAGUGUAGGGUCGCCACAGGGCCCCUGAUAGAAGCUGUGGAUAACCUCACCGCCUUCGCCUCCAACCCAGAAUUCGCCAGCGUGCCCGCUCAGAUCAGCGCUGAGGGCCUGGCAGCGAUGGAGCCCAUCGUGGCUGCAGCUAAGACCAUGCUGGAGAGCUCCACAGGUCUGAUCCAGACCGCUCGCUCCCUGGCCGUCAACCCCAAAGACCCCCCCAAGUGGUCAGUGCUGGCCGGACACUCCAGGACCGUUUCCGACUCCAUCAAGAAACUUAUCACCAACAUGAGAGACAAAGCCCCAGGCCAGAGGGAGUGUGACGAGGCCAUCGAGGUGCUGAACAACUGUAUUCGGGAGGUGGACCAGGCCUCCCUGGCAGCCAUCAGCCAGCAGCUCACCCCAAGAGAGGACAUCUCCCAGGAGGCUCUGCAUGAGCAGCUGGCAGCUUCGGUCCAGGAGAUCAGCAAUCUGAUAGAGCCGGUGGCCAUCGCAGCCCGCUCUGAGGCCUCCCAUCUGGGACACAAGGUGUCUCAGAUGGUGAGCUACUUCGAGCCCCUCAUCAUGGCAGCCAUCGGGACGGCCAGUAAGAUUCAGAGCAGCCAACAGCAGAUGGCGGUGUUGGACCAGACCAAGACGCUGACCGAGUCAGCCCUGCAGAUGCUCUACACGGCCAAGGAGGCCGGAGGAAACCCCAAGGCGGCCCACACCCAGGAGGCUCUGGAGGAGUCCGUCCAGAUGAUGAAGGAGGCGGUAGACGACUUGGGCGCCACCCUGUCGGAGACGGCCAGCGCUGCGGGCGCCCUGGGCGGCAUGGUGGACUCCAUCACCGCCGCCAUCAACAAGAUGGAGGAGAGCCCUGCCGGCGAGCCCGACGGCUCCUUUGUGGAUUACCAGACGACCAUGGUGAAGACUGCCAAAGCCAUCGCCGUCACCGUGCAGGAGAUGGUGACUAAGUCCAACACCAACCCAGAUGACUUGGGAGGUUUGGCCAGCGAGCUUACUAAUGAGUUUGGAGAGCUAGCCACCGAGGCCAAAUACGCUGCCAUCACUGCAGAGAACGACGAGAUUGGUUCCCACAUCAAGAAGCAGGUUGGGGAGCUCGGCUUCAACUGUACUGGGCUGGUGACUAAGGCCGGAGCUCUGCAGUGUAGUCCCAACGACUCCUUCACCAAGAAGGAGCUGAUCGACAGCGCACGCAAGGUCUCCGAGAAGGUGUCUCAUGUGCUGGCGGCCCUUCAGGCUGGUAACCGUGGCACCCAAGCCUGCAUCACAGCGGCCAGUACUGUGUCGGGCAUCAUCGCCGACCUGGACACCACCAUCAUGUUCGCCACCGCCGGCACGCUCAACCGUGAGAACUCUGAAACCUUCGCCGACCACAGAGAGCACAUCCUAAAGACAGCCAAGGCGCUGGUGGAGGACACCAAGCUGCUGGUCUCUGGUGCCGGGGCCAGCCAGGAGAGACUGGCCCAGGCUGCCCAGUCCUCCGUCAUCACCAUCACCAAACUGGCCGACGUGGUAAAACUGGGCGCCGCCAGCCUGGGCGCCGAGGACCCCGAGACACAGGUGGUCCUGAUCAACGCUGUCAAAGACGUUGCCAAGGCUCUGAGUGACCUCAUCAGCGCUACCAAGGCCGCUGCAGGCAAGCCUCACGACGACCCUGCCAUGCUGCAGCUGAAGAACUCUGCCAAG